AUGUCAAAAUUGAAAUGUUGUAUGUUGUCGUUGGUGGCGGUUUUGUGUAAUUUUAUCAGUAGCGUAUUUAAAGCGUAAAAUGAGUGAAUUAUCUUCAACAAACUUAUUUGAAUCGCAAACAAUUAUCGCCGAUCACAAAGACCUUAUCCAUGAUGUGGCCUACGACUUCUAUGGGGAAAGAAUGGCCACUUGUUCGAGUGAUCAGUACGUGAAGGUGUGGGACACAGAUGGCCAGGGUGGUUGGAGGCUGACUGCCAGCUGGAAGGCUCACCACGGCUCCGUGUGGAAGGUGACGUGGGCACACCCUGAGUUUGGGCAGGUCCUGGCCACUUGCUCCUUCGACAGAACUGCUGCUAUAUGGGAGGAAGUUGGAGACACAACUGCAUCAGGGUCAGAGAAGGGUCUGCGCACAUGGGUCAAGAGGUCCAACCUGGUUGACUCUAGGACCUCGGUCACUGAUGUCAAGUUUGGACCCAAACAUUUAGGACUACUGCUCGUCACAUGCUCUGCUGAUGGUAUAAUAAGAAUUUAUGAGGCACCAGAUGUAAUGAACCUAGCACAGUGGACUCUGCAACAUGAGAUCCCCACUAAAGUGUCAAUCAGCUGUCUAUCAUGGAAUCCUUCUUUAUCAAGAAGUAACUCCAACCCGCCCAUGCUAGCGGUGGGCAGUGAUGAGCCCAACAUUGCUAACGCAAUAGGCACACAGAGUGACAAGGUGGCUUGCAACGAAAAGGUCUUCAUUUAUGAGUACAGUGAAUCCUCCAGACGUUGGACAAGAACGGAGUGCCUCUCGUCAGUGGUAGAGCCGGUCAACGACCUGGCCUUCGCGCCGAACCUGGGCCGCUCCUUCCACCUGCUAGCUGUUGCCACCAAAGAUGUGAGGAUCAUCAAAAUUGAGCCAUUGCCUGAGUCCUCGAGUUCAACAAACGGUGGCAACGUACGAUUCAAGUCCGAAGUAAUGGCCGCCUUCGAGGAGCACUGCUCGUGCGUGUGGCGCGUCUCGUGGAACAUCACCGGCACGCUGCUCGCGUCCUCUGGCGACGACUGCUGCGUGCGGCUGUGGAAGAGUGAGUAUCGUGCAGUGCGCGGUGCGAGUCGCGAGUGAUGAGGAGCACCGCUCGUGCGUGUGGCGCGUCUCGUGGAACAUCACCGGCACGCUGCUCGCGUCCUCUGGCGACGACUGCUGCGUGCGGCUGUGGAAGAGUGAGUAUCGUGCAGUGCGCGGUGCGAGUCGCGAGUGAUGAGGAGCACCGCUCGUGCGUGUGGCGCGUCUCGUGGAACAUCACCGGCACGCUGCUCGCGUCCUCUAGCGACGACUGCUGCGUGCGGCUGUGGAAGAGUGAGUAUCGUGCAGUGCGCGGUGCGAGUCGCGAGUGAUGAGGAGCACCGCUCGUGCGUGUGGCGCGUCUCGUGGAACAUCACCGGCACGCUGCUCGCGUCCUCUGGCGACGACUGCUGCGUGCGGCUGUGGAAGAUGCAGUACAUGAACCAGUGGAAGUGCGUGGCGGUGUUCAAGAGCGAGGCGGCGGGCGGCGAGGCGGCGGCGCCGCAGCGCGCGCGCGCCACCUACACGCGGCUGGCGGCCAUGGCCAACCCCGCGCACAUGCCCUACCACUGACGCCGGCUUCACCGGUCGAACGCAACAGAAUGCAGAGAAAGUGUCAAAAUGUUUGUCAGCAUGGACUGAAUUGGGAAAUGUUUCCCAUUAAACUGUGGUGUGAUUAUUUACUCUUAAGUUAAUAUAAAUAAAUAAUUGAGCAAUGAAAGAGAGCUAUGUUUAUGAAUGCCGCUGUUAGCCGACAGUAUGUCUUUUUAGGAUUAGGAUUUAAACCCCGGAUCUCUUCAAAGUAAAGUGAACUUUAAAUAUUACUGAUUAGAUUCACUUCACAUUGAACAAAAUUGAGGUUUAAAUCUCUAUCCAUGUUUAUGUACGUAUAUAGACGCUUUUUAAUUACAGUAAGCAUUGUUUGCAGCUCAAUGUAUUUUAUUUCGUGGGUUGUUAUAUAAAUAGUUAGAGUCUUGAGCACAACGGAACAUUGUUGAACUCUGUUACAAUCACUAUCAAUUUCAAUCAUAAUGAUCGGUACCGUUGUGUCGGCUUAACUUGCUCACCGAGGCACGGGGUUGUUACACCACGGACUUGGUUAACAAUAUGCACUUUCCGUGCUCUCCACAAUCAUUUUAAUUAAUUAGUGUAAACGUGUUACUGAUUAAGUUAAUUUUUGUAAAAUAAUACUUUUGUUUAAAUAAAUAAUAUUUUCAUAAA